AUGUCACCAACGAGUGCUGAAUCCCUUAUAGUACAGGGUGAGAGUCCACUAUUAGCCUUGACCCUCUUCGCAAGUUCAUGCAUAUCAGAGGAAGUACGUUAUUACUUUUCAGAUGCCAUCUCACAUCAUUAUUUCGAUAGAAUCAGCAAUAAAGGAAUAACUGAAGAUACUCCAGGAGCGUUUGCGCGUGGGGAAUUAGAUAUCAAUGGAGAAGGUAAGGGCUAUAUAUUUUAUCGUAAUUUAACGAUGAAGAAUCUAUUCCCCUUUAAAAGCACACGAAAAACAAUUGUGGAUCGCUUGCAGGAGGAUACACAGUCGUUUGGAAAUAAUGGGCUAAAGUCAAGAGUCAAAUGUGAACGUAGCGAGAAUAAAAAAUUAGAUGACGCCUCUAUUGCCGAUGCGCUAAGCCGAGGAUGUUGCGGUUAUCUCUAUUCCGCGUCUUAUAAUGGUCCUGCACAUACGACAGUCCUUUCCUGCACCCCCUGCCGUGUGCUCAAAGGGUACUACAUGAUAUGGGCCGAAACCCAGCUUCGCGUCACAAUUUAUCGUCAGCCGAUGAUGCUCGUGAUUGACGGCCGGGACUCUUUGUCCGAUGCGGACGACCCUCCCACUGCGCCCCAUAUUCUACCCCUGCUGCUUUCUCAGAUCCGUUCACAGGGCCUGAGGUGGUGCCGGCACGGGAAGCUGAAGCCGCCUUCUGCCGGUGUGCUGGUGUCGUCUGUACGGAGCCCUCUCAGCCCCUGUCCCGGCCGUCGGGGAUCCUUCCCACUGGGGAUCCACCACGCCACGACCCUCCUCACCUCGCAGAGCCUGCACUUUGUGCACCUUGACGCCCUCCAGGCACGCCGUCGGGAGGCCUUUGCCCUGCAGUCGAUCCUUCACCCGCGCCGUGGCACGCUGCUGGAGUGCUAUCCCAAACAGAUGAUCCACUUUGGGCUCACGGCCUACGCGCUGUGGAAUGCCAGGGAGGGGGGUUGGGGCCCGGCUUCCGCGCUCGCGGGCCCUUGUCACAGCGCUGUAGCCCCAUCCUCGCCUUCGGACAGUCGAACCAGGCAGAAGGUAGGGCCAAGGCAACAGGGGAUGCUACACUUCACAGGUGGGGAGGGGGAUGAGGAUCUACUCCCAAUGCGAGAUUCCGAUGCAAUUUUGGUGUUGGGCCUUGGGGGGAAUGUUUUAGGGCAGUGUUUGGAUACCCUUCUUUCUCCGGUGGUGAAGUUGCAUGUGGUGGAGGUGGAGCCGGUGGUGUUGGAGGCCUGCGUGGCGUAUGAUCAGCUGCCACCUCUCCAGCCUGCUGUUUCACCGGCUCUUCGUUAUGAAGAUAAAUUCAAGGCGAACCCUACGAGCACGAACCCUGAUAUAGCUCCAUUAAAGAAAAAGCCUGAUGAAUUUUUUGCUAGUGAACCCCAUCCGCGAGGCCCUCGUUAUCGAAUUUAUCUCCAAGACAUCUUCAACUUUCUUAAACCUAAAAAGUCCCAGAACGCUGAUUCAUCUUCUGUAGACUAUUAUAACAUGAUCUUUCUUGAUUGUUAUGAUCCCAACUCUGAGACUAUGAUACAUUCCCGGGAACUUUUAGAGCUUUGUCAUCAGCGUCUUCGUCCGGGGGGAGUCGUAGUAAUAAAUGCUCACUUCUUGCCAAAAUCCGAGGUGCUGAAAAAGCAGUUCUUGGGGUACGGCUUUGCUUCAGUUCAGGCGCUCCGCGUUGCCGGUUUGAAUCAAUCGAUUAUUCUGUGUUUACGUGGACCGGAUUUUUUCCCAACUCGAGAUAAAGCGUCCUCAUCAAUUUCACAAUAUACUGCAUUUCUUACCCAACGUGGUCUUCGCUUUACACUACGCAAUGCUCGAGCUAUUGCAGAGUAUAUCAAUCAACGUCAAUUACUCUGUAGAGGUGAAGGUCACCAUCGUGAGGAAUCUUUAAAGACGAAUCCUUCUCACAUGUCAGCAAGUUCUACUCUAUUCGCUCUAAAUCCGAUGUGGCUUAAGUCUUGUCGCCUGUUGAUGAAAUCCCGAUCGAAGCAAGGUUCACUUAUUACUGUAAGAGAGAAUAACCCCGAGAACGAUUCAUCUGAUUGCGAUAUCUCAAUAAAUCUAAAGAGGGUGUGCUUAGAGACAGAAUCUUGUCGUAUUUGGGAGCAUUUUUCGUAG